GUCAAACGGUGCUGUUGCCGGACAUGGACACGUCGCUUUGUUUGGCUCAUUCAUGAGACAUUUAUCCGGCGAUCACCAUAUUUUAAGGGUUUUUAAUGUUUGAUCACAACAGAAGAAGUAUAAUUUUACAUAUCGUGUCUUCAUUCGCUUAUUGCUACUUCCGCUCACAUGAACUAGGCGAGACUGCAAAGAUUCAGCCAUAUGUGACACUUACCCAGCACUAAAUUGUAAAUACAGGACAAUAAGGACGAAUGCUGAGCUCAUGAGGGACACGUAAAAUGAGGAGACUGACUAAAAAGAAAGCGCUGAACUUAGUGAAGGAGUUGGAUGCUUUUCCUAAGAUCCCCGACAGCUAUGUGGAGUCGACAGCCAGUGGUGGGACAGUGUCUUUAAUAGCAUUCACUUUCAUGGCAAUCCUGGCCUUUCUGGAGUUCUUUGUGUACAGAGAUACGUGGAUGAAGUAUGAGUAUGAGGUGGACAAAGAUUUUACUAGUAAAUUAAGGAUCAACGUUGAUAUUACCGUUGCCAUGAAGUGCCAAUACAUAGGUGCUGAUGUCCUGGAUCUGGCAGAAACCAUGGUUGCCUCAGACGGUUUAGAAUAUGAGCCAGUAAAUUUUGAGCUCUCACCUCAGCAAAGAAUAUGGCAAUUAACUCUUUGGCACAUCCAGGAGCGCCUCAGAGUAGAGCAUUCUCUUCAAGAUGUCCUCUUCAAAUCUGCAAUAAAAAUAGCCCCACCAUCACCAAUCAAAAAUGAUGACAGUUCUGCUCCCCUGAAUGCAUGCAGGAUUCACGGGCACCUGUAUGUUAACAAAGUGGCAGGGAACUUCCAUAUUACUGUUGGAAAGUCCAUCCCACAUCCUAGAGGCCACGCCCAUCUAGCAGCUUUAGUUAGUCAUGACUCGUUUAAUUUCUCCCAUCGGAUCAAUCACUUGUCUUUUGGAGAGAUGAUUCCAGGGAUUAUUAGUACUCUUGAUGGCACUGAGAAAGUCUCCACCGAAUCUAAUCACAUGUUUCAGUAUUUCAUCACCAUCGUGCCUACAAAACUCAACACCUAUAAGGUUGCAGCAGACACACAUCAGUACUCCGUCACAGAGCGGGAGCGGGUGAUAAACCAUGCAGCGGGCAGUCAUGGCGUCUCUGGGAUUUUUAUGAAGUAUGACAUCAGCUCUCUGAUGAUCCGGGUCACAGAGCAACACAUGCCCCUGUGGCAGUUCCUCGUGCGUCUCUGCGGCAUCGUAGGGGGCAUCUUCUCCACUACAGGCAUGCUGCACGGUAUGGUGGGCUUUUUGGUCGACAUUAUUUGCUGCCGUUUCAAAAUGGGAAUUUACCGAAAUCUCAAAGACACUCUGGCUGUGCAGGAUAACAGUGACACAUCACCACUAAUAGAAAAUCACAAUGAACAUUAAAGUAAUCUCCAGCCCUCUCCCAUCUGCUAUUCUGUUAUCAUGGCCUCAACCUCCAAAGACCCUGAAACUCUUUAAAAUGGACAUUUUCAAAUUCUGAUUAUUUAUUCCCUCAGCACAUUGUUUUGACUAGCAAUGUUACCAGUACCACUAUUGGACCUCCAAUAUUCUAGCUAUUGAUGAUGGUUCUACCACCUGAGCCACUGUUUUGGUUGCUGAUAAAAACAAUAUGUAGGUUGCGUUCACGUGACAUCGCAACUGUCUAGAAUACCUUGUUUAAAACUGAGCUGCAGGACAUGGUAGAUUUUGCAGAUUUGUUGGUGUAGUUUAUGGUUAAUAUCUCUGUAAUUAGUGAACCUAUCCACAAAGUUCUACAUUUUCUCUGUUCAGUAUAAAUAAACAAACAUGAAAUUAUAUUUUCACAGGGGCUUCAGAAAAUACUGAAAGGACUUUAAGCCUUCAAAUUAUUAAGCCUUACGAUUAAUAUGGCAAGUGUGUGGAGUCAAUUCCUAACCCAUAAUGCAAAACAUUUUUGGACCAUAAUUUUGCAUAUUUUUUCAAAAACGGUAAAUCUACCAUAGAGUUGUAUUCAUGGGUUUCAUGCUAUGGCAACCGUCCUGUAUGGUUAUAGCAAUUAAGCAGUUCAAAUCAAAAUACUAUAUGGGGAAAGGUCCUCACAUAGUCCUUCAAAUCAGGAGGGAAUUGUUUCUCUGAAACCCAUGAAUGGGCUCCUGCCCUCAUAAUCUGUCACAAUAUGAAAUUAUGCCAUCAUCAAAUUGCAGAACAUGUACACAACCUGUUGAAUGUGUGAUUUCAUAUUGAAUAAAAGUUUUAUACUAUA